AGGGUGAGCACACUCAGCCGGCCUGCCCAGUCCUCUGCCUGUCAUCCCCAGCAGAUUUAGCUGCUGACAGCUGCUUGGGACUUUGCUGCCAGGCCCUGGCCCAGACCGCCUCCUCUCCUCUCUCUCAGUGACUCCCCAGCCACAGCCCCGCCAUGGCCCAGAAAGAAGAGGCUGCCGCUGCCGCCACCACCACCGAGGAGUCUGCGCCUGCCUCCCAGAAUGGCGAGGAUCUGGAGAACCUGGAUGACCCCGAGAAGCUGAAGGAGCUGAUCCAGCUGCCCCCCUUUGAGAUCGUCACGGGGGAGCGGCUGCCUGUUAACUAUUUCAAGUUCCAGUUCCGGAAUGUGGAGUACAGCUCGGGGCGGAACAAGACCUUCCUCUGCUAUGUGAUUGAAGUGCAGGACAAGGGAGGCCAAGUGCAGGCAUCCCGGGGAUACCUCGAGGAUGAGCAUGCAACUGCCCACGCGGAGGAAGCCUUCUUCAACACCGUCGUGCCAACCUUCGACCCAGCCCUGCGCUACAACGUCACCUGGUACGUGUCCUCCAGCCCCUGCGUAGCUUGCGCCGACCGCAUCAUCAAAACCCUUAGCAAGACCAAGAACCUGCGCCUGCUCAUCCUGGUGGGGCGCCUCUUCAUGUGGGAGGAGCCCGAGAUGCAGGCUGCGCUGAAGAAGCUGAAGGAGGCUGGCUGCCGGCUGCGCAUCAUGAAGCCCCAGGACUUCGAGUACAUCUGGCAGAAUUUUGUGGAGCAGGAAGAGGGCGAAUCCAAGGCCUUUGAGCCCUGGGAGGACAUUCAGGAGAACUUCCUGUACUACGAGGAAAAGUUGGCCGACAUCCUGAAGUAGGCGACUGAGCUCAGCUUCACGUCUGCCUGCUGCCAAGAGAUGGCGGUGACAUGUAUGGGCAUCUGGGACACGCCUGACUUCCUAAUACCACGUGGAGCUGGACAUUUAACACCAACCAAUCCCACUGCACAAGGCCCUCUAAGGACUCAAAAUAUACUUCUCAUGCUAUAAAUUAUUUUAGCGGUGCCUCUCUCUCUAAGGCUGCUCUUGGGAAAGAAGAGAGUUGCAAGGAGAAAUAGCAAACAUAUAUGGGCACCAGGUAUCAUGGGUCUGAGGGUCCUAAUUAUUCCCCCAAAUGGGCUGCUUAAGGCAAAGAGCCUCGGACCCAAGAUCUGUGCAGAUUUUUUAAAUAUGUCCAGAAAUGCAUUUAUGUUAAGUUGGCCUUUUUUUUUUUUAAAGAAAAAUAAGCAGCAAUAAUAAAAGUGGCGUGAUUUUUCUGUGACCAGGUUUUUAAAGAAACUUGGACAUUUAGAUGUUAACUAUGGACAGCAAUGAAGUCCCAGGAAUAGGGGUUUCCCAGGCUACAUUUUAAGUGGGAGGGAAGCUUAAAUCAGAACCUGGCUACUAACACAGGAUACUAACUCUCCCAUGUAGACUUCUCAUCCUGGUCUUGACCUUCAUAAAGUAUUUCCUUCCAAGAUUCCUUAGUAGAGGGUGAAACAAAAGCCAUGGGAAAUACUUCUAAAAUAUCCAUGUCCCAACAGCCAACUAAUAAGCAAUUAGCCUCUUGAUUAAUUAGAGGUGAGUAGGAUUUUCAUGUUCAGAUACACAAUAUGAGGAGUCAACAUGUGGUACUUGAUGGUGAUGGCAGGAUGAUGUCAAAGUCUCAUUUCUUAAAAGAUCUGAGUCCUAUGUAGAAGUUAAAUUUCACAUGUGAAGUGCUGGGUAGCUGCCAAACUCUAACUAGGUUUCCAGGAAUAAUGUGCUUAUUCUGAUUAUCAGGCAAUGCCUUUCUCCAGGCUUUGAGUGUGAUAAGUCAUCGGAAUUUGACCCCAACACUAUCUACAAAUAACAAAACAUUUUAUCACAUCCCUGCUGAGUCCAGGAAUUCCACUUACUGCCAGUUCUCCACAAAACUAAGCUUUGUUAAAAGAAUCGUGAAGGUUCUUACUCCAUGAGAAAAAAUUGCCCUAUGUAGAAGCAGCAAUGUUUUCACCCAAGUGUUAAGAUUUAUGUGCAUAGUUUGCAAAAUAAUUUAAUUCUAAGUUUUCUCUUA